AUGGCCCAGCCGCACCCUCUCAACACCGACCCUGACCGUCUGAAGUUCGCCUAUUGGGUACCAAACGUCUCAGGCGGCUUGAUUAUUAGCAAGAUCCCUCAAAGGACAAACUGGGACCUCGCCAGCAAUAUCAAGUACGCCAAAGCCGCGGAGAAUGCAGGCAUCGAAUACGGCCUCACUCAAAUUCGGUUCACGGCGUCUUACGGAGCCGCGAAUCAACACGAGUCUGUCUCAUUUUCCCAGGCCAUUCUCCAAUGCACAGACACCAUCAAGCUCAUCGCUGCCAUCCUCCCGGGUCCAUGGAACCCCACCGUUGCUGCUAAGCAGAUCGCCAGCAUCGACCAUUACAGUAACGGCAGAAUCGCCGUUAAUCUGGUAUCAGGUUGGUUCAAGGGCGAGUUCACGGCUGUGGGUGAGUGGUGGCUUGAGCACGCAGAGCGAUACCGCCGCACCAAUGAGUUCAUUCGCUGCCUGAAGGGUAUCUGGACCGCGCCCGAAGACACCGGCUUCACGUUCGCAGGCGACUUCUACCGCUACAGAGACUACAGGCUCAGCCCGAAGCCGGUACAGAAGCCCCACCCGGAGAUCUUCCAAGGUGGCAACAGUGACGAUGCUCGCAACAACGGCGCCGAGGUCAGCGACUGGUACUUCAUGAACGGCAAUGACCUGGACGGUUUCCGUGACCAAAUUGCAGACGUGAAGGCUCGGGCGGCCAAGGUUGGGCGUGAGAACGAGGUGCGAUUCGCCGUCAAUGGCUUCGUCAUUGUUCGCGAGACGGAGGAAGAGGCUGUUCGGGUGUUGCAAGAGAUCCAGGGCAAGGCUGACAAGGAGGCCGUCAAUGCCUUCCGCGACGCCGUUCAGCAGGCUGGAGCUAGCACUUCGAACAAGACGGGAAUGUGGGCCAACAGCAAGCUUGAUGACUUGGUCCAGUACAAUGACGGCUUCAAGACGAAGCUUAUCGGAACGAAGGAACAGGUUGCAGAGCGUCUGGUGCUGUUAAAGAGUCUGGGGAUCAACUUGGUGCUCACUGCGUUCCUCCAUUACGAUGAAGAGAUUGAACAGUUUGGGAGAGACGUUGUCCCAUUGGUAAGACAGUAUGAGAAGGAAGGUCGGGGAAAGGAUGCGAGCUUUGAGAUCGAGAGAACUGGGGACGUGUACAAGAAGAGGUAA